AUGUCCAUAAGGACAAAAAGGUAUGAAGAAGAGCGACAAUUAUCCUUCCAAGAUCAAAUUUCGACACAUAAACGGCAAUAUGGUUCAAUGAAAUUAUCACGCAGUCAAAAUCAGUACCAACGUUUAUAUGAUUAUCGGUACACAUAUCGUCAGCCAUUUCAAACGACAAGCAACUAUCAUUAUUAUUCGUUAAGUACUCGGCAAGUGUUGGCAAAUCAUGGAUAUGUCUUAGCAAAUUGUCCAAAACUCGGUUAUGGACGUUACAGCAAAGUAUGCGAGGGUAUACAUCUUAGAACUAAUAGGAAGAUUGCGAUUAAAAUAAUUGACACACGAAAAGUUACUCAAGAAUAUAAGUGCAAAUUUUUGCCACGUGAAAUUCAUACAUGGAAAAGUUUGAGGCAUCCAAAUUUGGUAGCUCUUUUCGGUGUCUUCGAAGAGGCUGGCAAAGUAUAUUUGCCGAUGGAACUUGCCGAAAAAAGUGAUCUUUUAACGUUUGUGCAACAAAACGGUGCGCAAUCGGAAUUGAUAGCUCAGAGUUGGAUGAAGCAACUCAUCUCGGCAAUUUAUUACAUGCAUAUGCGUUCAAUAGCACAUCGUGAUUUGAAAUUAGAAAAUAUCCUUCUAUUUGCUGAUAACUUCAUCAAAAUUGCUGAUUUCGGAUUCUGUCGAGAGAUACAAAAUGGUGAUUUAUCGCGAACAUUUUGCGGAUCGAAAUCUUACUCAGCCCCAGAAAUCCUUCUUGGUCAAGAGUAUAUACCAUUCAAAGCAGAUAUCUGGUCAUUAGGUGUUGUAGCAUUCGUGUUGGUUACUAAUCGAAUGCCAUAUAAUGAACGUGUUGCUAGUAAUACUAUUAUUGUCGAAGCACAACGAAACAGAACUUAUCGUUACUCGAAAAAACUACAAAUUAGUCAAAUAUGCCAAAGUACCAUCGACACCAUGAUGACAUUUGAUUAUCAUACACGGCCUGAUAUUCAACAAGUGAUGAACUUGCCCUGGUUUCGUCUAUCGAUAAUACCAACUGAUCGCAAGGAAAGUGGAUUCAGUUGUACCACCGUAUAA